CGGAAAUCCCGCCUUUUUCCCGUGACGGCUCUUCCUUUUCCUUCCCGCUGCGGCAUAUGAUUGGCUACCGAACGUCCCUUCCUUCUUUUCAAUCUCUCUGAGGCUGCGAGGGAGGCUGCCAAGAUGAACGAUACUGUCACCAUCCGAACGAGGAAGUUCAUGACAAACCGGCUGCUUCAGCGGAAGCAAAUGGUAAUUGAUGUCCUUCAUCCUGGAAAAGCCACUGUACCCAAAACAGAAAUCCGCGAGAAGUUGGCGAAAAUGUAUAAGACAACACCAGAUGUCAUUUUUGUCUUCGGCUUCCGGACCCAUUUUGGUGGUGGGAAAACCACCGGCUUUGGCAUGAUCUACGAUUCUCUAGACUACGCAAAGAAAAAUGAACCAAAGCAUAGACUGGCCAGGCAUGGCUUGUACGAAAAGAAAAAGACGUCUAGGAAACAACGGAAAGAGCGUAAGAACAGGAUGAAGAAAGUCCGAGGAACGGCGAAAGCCAACGUGGGCGCCGGCAAGAAGUGAGCCAAUCAGGGAAGCAAAGAGGAAAACUAAAAUAGCCCGUGCCUAUGGAGGUUAUACUGAAGUCAGUUCUAUGAAUAAAUUUCUAUGAAAAUCAAAA